AUGUUGGUUAGAAACAACCUCAAGAAUCGGUUUAUUCUAUUUUUAUUCCUUUGCGUCGCUGUUGUCUGUUUUUCCGUUUCCACGCUGCGCGGUUUUUGGGCUGGCGAGGUUAUUCUCCAACGCAACCUUCUUCCUCUCACCGAGGCAUCCAUCGUCCAGCAUGACAACGCCUUACACCCCGGCCCUUCCAUCGAGAGAAUACCCAGAAUUAUUCAUCAAAUAUACAAGAACAGGACAAUACCCGAAAAGUGGUCCGAGGCCUACCGUUCGUGUCGCGAGCAAAAUCCUCCCGGAAACUGGACUCAUGUCCUUUGGACGGAUGAAAAAGGACGAGAUUUUAUAAGAUCUCUUUACUCCUGGUUUCUACCCAUAUACGACAGCUAUCCCUACAAUGUCCAACGGUUCGAUGCCCUUCGGUACCUGCUACUUCACCAUUACGGCGGGAUAUAUCUCGAUCUGGAUGUAGGCUGCAAAAAGGACCUCUCGCCCCUUUUGAAAUAUCCUGCCUUCUUUGGCAAGACAACUCCAUACGGGGUUAGCAAUGACGUCAUGGGCUCUGAGAAGGGUCAUGAGCUCUUUCGCCAACUCGUUCUCUCACUCGAGCGGAAUAAUUAUUACCGCGGAACAAAGUAUCCGACGGUCAUGAUGUCUACCGGCCCAAUGUUCGUGACACGCGUUCUGGUAGACUUUCUGAGGGCCAGCAGCCACAACACGACGGCGGAAGUUUCUGAAGACGUGAGAGACUUGCAUGUGGCUAUUCUUCCGCCAGAGCUAUAUGGGAUGUCUCCCGUCUCGUACUUUGAGCAUCACCCUGGUUCGUCGUGGCAUGGCUGGGACGUUUGGGUCUUGAGCAAUAUAAGCAAUCGGCCAAUUCUGUUUCUUUGCAGCGGUUCACUCACCUUGGUUGGAAUAUUAUGUCUUGUUAGAAGAAGGCGGAGAAUAGUGGUUUGA